AUAGUCCUCACAAAUUCAUUCAAAGAAAGAAAGAAAGAAAACAAAACAAAAUCCGAGAAUCCCAUUUCCUCUGUAUGCUGAUUCCUUUGUUGAAUUUGAAAGAAGAAAAAUUGGUAGAGAUAAGGAAAGAAAGUAACUAGGAUUCUGACUCUGUUGAAUGAUUGAUUGAGUGGUAGAUCAUCCUCAAUCCAACGCCUUGAAAAGCCUAUUGAUGAAUUGAUGAUGAUUUGCAAGGGAGUGUGAGAAGUGGGAAGAUUGAUGGGAGUUUAUGUUUGCUUCACUGUACAUUAAACAAAGUGACUGUGACGAGCCUUUUGAAUUAGCCGAGGUCCUCCUUUUUGAGCUCAAGGUCUGCCUUGUCUAGUUGAGCUUUCAUAGUUGGUACCAUGGGUGUCUCAGGAAAAUGGAUAAAAGCAUUGGUUGGCUUGAAAAAAACAGAAAAGUCACAAUCUUCAGAGAAGGAAGAAAAUAGGUCAGUUACUAGCAAAUUUCGUCACCGAAGAAAGCAUUCUGUUGAGUUUGACACAGAUAAACUUCAAGAAGAGUUGGAACGGAAUGCUGUGCCAAUAGCCAGAGACACUAAUACUCAUGCAACAGCUGAUUCUGCUGGCUCUCCCUCUCGUUCACUUCAAGUGGUUGUUGCAGCUGUUAAUGGACUUGCUAUGGAAGAAUGGGCUGCCACUAGGAUACAAACAGCUUUUCGUGGGUUUCUGGCUAGAAGAGCUUUGCGAGCGUUAAAAGGAUUAGUAAGGCUGCAGGCCCUUGUUAGAGGUCAUGCUGUAAGAAAACAAGCUGCAAUGACUCUUCUCUGCAUGCAAGCUUUGGUGAGAGUUCAGGCUCGUGUAAGAGCAAGGCGUGUUCGACUGGCAUUAGAAAGUGAAACUGCCCAACAGAAGCUUCAGCAACAACUUGCAAAUGAAGUUCGUGUUAAAGAAGUAGAGGAAGGGUGGUGCGAUAGUAUAGGAUCUGUUGAAGAAAUUCAAGCCAAGUUACUAAAGAGGCAGGAGGCUGCAGCUAAACGUGAGAGAGCCAUGGCAUAUGCUCUGGCUCAUCAGUGGCAAGCAGGAUCAAGACAGCAGUCUAUGCCUGCUGGAUUUGAACCAGAUAAAAGCAGUUGGGGUUGGAACUGGCUGGAAAGGUGGAUGGCUGUACGUCCAUGGGAGAAUCGCUUUCUCGACAUUAAUCUUCGAGAUGGAAUGAUGAUAUGCGAGGAUGAUUGUGCAGAAGGAAACAAUGGUUCCAAUUCUCAGACAAAACCUGUUAUCAAGAAGCCAGCUGCAUCAAAUCUUCAUGCUAACCUGUCAAAUCUAAAGACAGGUCCAUCGAAUUCUGGAGGGAGUGAUUCUCCACCUGGUAAGUUGGCAAACGCGCUGGAAACAGUCAAUGCAUUGUCUUCCAAGCCAAAAUCCAAUCCAGUCCUUGAAGAUUUGGUUGAAGAAGCUGGCACAAAACCUGUUAUUACUUCAAGAUCACGCAGCAAUCCUAAAGAGAGGUCUAUAAAAUCAGAUAAACAGCCAAAGAAGAGAUUGUCUCUACCUAACAGUGCAGGGGGAGGUAAUGGAACUGAAACCAGCAAGCCUAGCAGAACUGCUGCAAAAGCGACACCAGGCUCUCACAAGCCGAUAAAGGACAGGUCCAAGUCCAACGAACAAGGGGACUUGAAUCCUGCAUGAAAUACGGCACAUGCUUUUUGAUAUUUAAGGAAGCAUCUGUGAAGACAAAUCUGUUGGGUUGCCAUCCACCCAGGUCUUGUUUAUGUAUAUGUGUAUCAAAUUACAGCGCGAGAAGCAAUUGCUUUAUUUUCCUGUCAUAAAAUUGAGUGGCACCGCCGUGGCGGGGAGGGGAGUUGAGACUGGUUUGGCUUGCCUUGGUCUGUUAUGGGAAUAAGCCAAUAAUAUGUAGAUUUUAUUUGUUACUGUUGUAAUGAGCUGUGAUUAAAUGUAACAAAAUCACUUGUGAUUUGCGUGAAUCAAGUAAAACUGAGUCCAACUCUGGUUUGAAAA